UAAAUGGAGUAGAAACGCGGUAUAUUCUGGAUGUAUAUUGUGUAUAAGAUAGAUUCUUUUUUUUAUCCUGUAGAACAACGAAUAAUUGGGUAAUUUAAAAUGUAGGAACUCGUGUUUUACGCGAAUGGGCUAGUCGAGUGGGAUUCACUGUAGGACCUAAACAGAGACAGAUGGCGUGAUAGAAACGUACGAAGAGAGGAGAGAAGUUUCAUUUUUCUCACACUGAAAUCUUUGCGGACUUCAUUGAUAUAAGGUCUGACAUUUAAAAACAAGACAAACAGGUCUUUUUUUAAAACUACUACAAUGGACGCCGUGCAGAGGAGAGUGAUGGAGGAGGACGUGGUUCAGUACAAACUCUUCUUCAUCCAACCAGACGGUCCAACUUCACAGCAGACUGAGGAACAUCUCACACACCUGGUGGAGGAGAUCAUGGCAAAGGUUGCCCCACUCCUGAUACAAUACAUCUGGCAGCACCAGUCAUUCAACCUCAAGUAUCAUCCUGAGAAAGGAGGUGUCCCUGCUCACAUUGGAGGGAGCACUCAGUUUGGGGACAAUGUGGAGGACGAGUGGUUUAUUGUUUACCUCCUGCAGCAAAUCACAGAGGCGUUCCCACAGUUGGCAGCCAGAGUUGAAGACAAUGAUGGAGAGUUUCUUCUGAUUGAAGCAGCAGAUUAUCUUCCCAAGUGGCUGAAUCCAGACACCAGUGAAAACAGGGUCUUCUUCUAUAGGGGAGAGUUGCAUAUUCUGCCCUGUCCCUCCAAAUCCAGUACAGUGGGGCUCUUGAAAGAUGUGGUACCAAGUGUUGCACAGGCUCUAGCACUGCUCUCCACCCACCCAGAGGCCUGUCAGGCAAGCCCCAAGAUUUGUUCAGUCCUGAGGAAGCGACUAGAAGGGUACCCGGAGAAGAUCAAGACUGGCCUCCAUCGUGCCCACUGCUUCAUACCUGCAGGCGUCGCCAUGGUGUUGGCACAGCGACCAGACCUAGUCGCCCCUGCAGUGUCGGCCUUCUACCUGCGGGAUCCAGUAGAUCUGCAGGCGUGUCGAAGCUUCAAGACCUUUCCUCCUGAUACGCGAGUCCUCACCUCGGUGACAUUCACGCGUUGCCUGUACGCCCAGCUGCAGCAGCAACAGUUCACCCCAGACCGUAGGAGCGGCUUCACUCUGCCUCCUCGCUCUCAUCCCAAGUACAAAGCCCACGAGCUCGGCAUGAAACUGGCCCAUGGCUUCGAGAUCCUGUGCUCUAAGUGCCAGUUGCCUUCAUCAGAGCCCGAUGCCCCCGUCAGUUGUAACCCUCAGUGGAAAAGCUUCAUGGACAGUCUGAUAAGAAACGGCUACUUCCGGGGAGAAAUGGAAGGAUCGGCCCGGUUCCGAGAACUGAAAAGAUCUGCGGAAAACUUCUUCAAACAGUCUGUCGCCUCAAAAUCGAGUGCCUUGUUCCCGGGCGAAGAGGUUCUCCAGCUGCUGCACAGCUGCAAUCCAUUCAACUUAGAGGAGCUGAAGAAACAAGAGUCACAGCUCCCCCCAGAGGACAGUGACAGCUGGCUGGAUAUCACAGCUCAGGAUUUGGAGCGUAUGUUGCAGGAGAGGAGCGGGGAGAGAGCUGUUGCUGGCAGCAAAAACUCCACUUCCACCAAACAGACAGACCAUGUCGGCAGUGCAGAGGAGAGGAGGAAGGAGAUGGAGGGCGGCAAGGAGGAAAAGGAGGCCGGUUACAGCCUGGUGGCAGUCAGUCAGGGGAUGAAGAACUUCCUCCAUGCCGUGUCGUCUCAUGAGGGUGCUGAACUGCCCUGGAGCAGUUCAACUCAGCCUUUCAGUUUUGACCCUGACUCCAUGGCCAACGCAGUGGACAGACUGCUCGGAAACAACGAAGAAGAGCUAGAUUCAGAUGAUCUAGAUGAUGAUGAUGAUGAUGAUGAGGAAGAGAAAGAAGAGGGGUCCUCUGGUCACGCAGAGAUGAACGGGACAGAAACUUUGGACGGUCUCAGGGGAUACAUGGACCAAAUGGAUGAGGAGUUGAUGAGCACUAAUAUAGGACAAAGCUUCAAUGUGACGAAUGUCAACAAGACAGGCUUGGGCAAUGGCUCCAAUCAUCUCUCAGCCACAGACGAUCUCCCUGCACAUGGAGGGGUUGAAGAGACCGAGGAGGAGAUCCAGCCUCUUGACGUCGACCUCAAUCUGGUCACAAACCUGCUGGAGUCCCUCAGCUGCCAGGCCGGACUGGCCGGACCAGCUUCUAACCUGCUGCAGAGUCUUGGUAUACACCUACCACCCAACUCUGAUCCCUCAUAAAGGACAAGAAGUAGACACAGAUAGCGAAUGAGGCAACAAAUGGCCGGUUCAAACAUGCAUCAAGGACCAGCAUCUACAGCUGAGGAGGUUUCUCUUGAAGCUGGUAGCAGAAUGCCUUUAUUACACUGACAGUACUUCUGUUUGUAAAGCACUCGUGGAGUUUGAUGAUGUCCCGUAGCGCUUUUAUUGUAAACAAACAUGGAUUUGUUUACAGUUAAUGUUUCUCAUUGAAACUUAAUAUGUGCACUGUAAAAACUGUAUUCUUCAGGAAAGAAAAACACGUUGGGUGCAUUUCCUGUAUCAUAAAACAAAUCUUUUUGAAUGUGUUUAAACAUGCAUUGUUUGUAGUUUACAGUUAAUAAUAAAUACACAAUACAGAGAAAGGAAAGAAAGCUCAUACAUGUGCACAAGAUAAACCCAAAAUAUCACUGAUUGGAAAAAAAACACAAAAUAUCAAUUUUAAAAUUAAUUAAAAUUAUUAUAAUAAAAAAAUAUUAUCAUAAUGUAAGAAUACAAUUAUUAAGAUUUUUUGGUCCAUAUUAGCCUGGAAAUUGCUAAAUUAAAUUUUCGAUAUGUCCCCAUCAACUAUGUAUGAUGGAGAGAGCACAUUUUAGCUUCAAAGCCCAAGGCAGGAUGAAGCAGGACUACUACAGAACUCACUCACUGAACUCUGUUUGAUUGAAAUCACUGUGUACUAGAAGUGCAACGUAUAACUUAACCAUUUAGAUUUUUGAUACAAGCUGCUUUGUGUGAUGUCGGUAUGUGUUCACCGUUUGUGGUUUU